UCGGGCAGUGUCUCUUCCGGGCCGCGCCGGGCCCGGGCCGGGCCUCUACCGUGCUGCGUCGGGCCGGGCCUGGAAAUUUCGGCCCGUGCAGCGCUCUACUCUGGACUACGCUGUCGGAACGGUGUAGACAGGCAUUCGACUACGAAUGGCAGAGAACGGACUGCGAGGACAAGGGGGCGGAGCUCUCCUUCCUAGGAGCCGAAUUGCAGAAGCAACCAUGGAAGAUGGACCAGGAAAGGAGGACAGACGGCGACUGGAUCGAGGCAUACUAUGGCGACAAAGUGGAUACCUUUGACUGUGACAGCUGCAGGGGCGACACCUUUCCCCCCACCAACUGGUCGGGCCCACAGAAGCCGCAAAUGCACCGGCAACUGGACAAGCACCCGUGCCGCUUCUGUCCUCACUCAAGCAAUUCCGCAACGGCUGUCGCCAUCCACGAGAGGACACACACUAACGAGAGGCCCUUCAGUUGCGGUGUUUGCGAGAAAACAUUUGCGCGUAAGGAUUGCUUGACAGCUAACGUUAGAAUUCACACCGGAGAGAAGCCGUUCAAGUGCAACACGUGCAGCAAGGUGUUUACUCUGAAACGCACCUUGGCAGAUCACGAAAGAAUUCAUACAGGAGAGAAGCCAUUCAAGUGCAACACGCAUUACAAUUGA